ACCAACCCACCCAGGCGGGUCGCCGUGACAGCCGCUCAGCAGUCAUCGUGACAGCCGCCCAGCGUUGUCAUCGCGAGAGAUCCACGACGACAACGAUCAAAGCUGCCAAGAAGAGAAUGCGCCACCGGACUCCAAUUGGAACGAUGCCAGAAUUUGCCGUGCUCGCGCGACGAUGAGAGGGGGAAAAGGAGAAAGGUCGCGGGAACCUCAGGCACAAACGGGAAUAUGCGGCUGUGAGAUGAUGUCACCCACCCCGUCACGCCCCCCCGCAGCCUAAGCUGUCCAUCAAUUCAUUCCUUCCGGCUGCAUGAGCGAGCGUAUCUAAUGUCGCAGGUACGCCUCGAUCCGUACCUUCCUCUAGUUAGAGCCCCGUUAACUCCGGAGUCUCACUCACCAGCUCCUCCCCCUUCCUCUUGCUCCUCUUGCACUCGUGCACACCCAAUCUUUUGCGCCUCAGCUUCUCACCCCCAGCCUCUCUCCCGACGUCAAUCAGAGGUUGCGACUCUGUCUGCUGCACCGCCGCUGCCCUGCCUGCCAGUGCUCGUCCAGCCUUCCCGUGCCAUUGGCAUCUGCGCGCUGGAUUGACCUUUGCGUAUCGCUGCAGCUCUGGUAGCUUGUUGUGAGAACUACGGUGAGUGUUUCGCCUUGCUCAAAUAGACACUCGCCUCGUCCGUGUCCGCCGCAGUUGACCUGCCCGCCCGACGUGGCCAUGUCGCAUCUGUAUCCCAAGGUGGACACCCUCCGGGGCUCCGUCUACAGCCCCAUGGCCGCUCGCCCCACGCCGCUCCAGGCCCGCCCGGAGCUCUACGGCGCCUUCUCCGUCGUCGACAACGCCAAGGACAAGGCGCACAAGAUUGGCGACGAGGCCACGAGAGAGUUUGAAAAGGCCAGCGCAAAAGCCCAGGCCAAGGCCGGCAAGAUUGAGCUGUUCUCGGGCAAGUAUUACGCCGCCUGCACCAUUGGUGGCAUGCUCGCAUGUGGCCUCACCCACACGGCCGUAACGCCACUCGACCUCGUCAAGACGCGCCGCCAGGUCGACUCCAAGCUCUACACGAGCAAUUUCCAGGCCUGGGGCAAGAUCUACCGCGCCGAGGGGCUCCGCGGCAUCUUCACUGGUUGGAGCCCAACCUUCUUCGGGUACAGCGCCCAGGGCGCAUUCAAGUACGGCUGGUACGAGUACUUCAAGAAGACGUAUUCGGACAUGGCUGGCCCCGAGGCCGCUCACAAGUACAAGACGGGCCUGUACCUGGCCGCUUCCGCCUCGGCCGAGUUUCUCGCCGACAUCGCGCUCUGCCCCUUUGAGGCGAUCAAGGUGCGCAUGCAGGGCGUAAUCCCCAACCCCUACACGGGCACCCUACACGGCAUCAGCACCGUCCGCGGUAAGGAGGGCUGGUCAGGCCUGUACAAGGGCCUGUAUCCGCUCUGGGGCCGCCAGAUCCCCUACACCAUGAUGAAGUUUGCGUCCUUCGAGACCAUUGUUGAGAUGAUCUAUGACCGCCUGCCCGGGCAGAAGAGCGACUAUGGAAAGGCCGCUCAGACGGGUGUGUCCUUCACGGGCGGCUACCUCGCCGGUAUCCUGUGCGCCAUCGUCUCACACCCGGCCGACGUCAUGGUCAGCAAGCUCAAUGCCUCCCGCGAGCCCGGCGAGGCCUUUGGCGGCGCCAUGGGCCGCAUCUACAAGGACAUUGGCUUCUCGGGCCUCUGGAAUGGCCUCCCUGUGCGCAUCGUCAUGAUUGGCACUCUCACGGGCCUACAGUGGAUGAUUUAUGUAAGUUAUCUUGUGGCCAUGGCCCCCUUGCUAUCCGAGAGACGGUCAGCAGGACGUGGCUUUGCUGACGCGCACGGGAACGCAGGAUUACUUCAAGAUCUUCAUGGGCCUGCCCACGACGGGCGGUCCCCCUCCGCCGACGGAGCAGAAAUGAGGGUUACACGGGAGCUGAGGCGAGUCGAACCGUCACAGCGCAACUCCUGGUCGCCCGCAACGGCGACGCAUGUCAUUGCGGGACGACGUCUAGCAGUAGCAGAAGCAAUGGCAGUAGUAGCACCGUGCGCACGCCCUCGAUGGUGGCUGUUGGACGUUGUCCGUCACGGUUCAUGUAUCAACAUUUUUUCACUACGUGGUCAUGGCACUCUUUCGUAAUUGAUGCCCGUGCUUACCGCAGUCUAUCGUGCGCACCCACGCCCGAGCUUGCCCACGUUCUUAUGGCGCAGACGGCCAGGGAAAUCUGAAGUCUGUCGGGCGAACCUCAGAUCCGCCCGAGUUGCCGACGCCCAUGUGCGGCUUGACGGCUCCUGUGAAACAAUGAACCGACCAUCGUGAGAUCGAGACGGCGCUUCAGCACGUCGGCACAGCCGACGCAGUACACGCGCUUACAUACACAUUACAUAAAGCACGUGCGACGACCACCAUCUUGAACUAGCAGAAGCACCGAGAGAAGCCAUCCUCCGAAGGCUCGUGCAGCAUCUAUGUAUGCAAUGACGACGCCGCUCACCGAGGCUACUGAGAACGACUAGAGCAGCGCAGGCCCAGGUGCGAAUAUAGUAUACAAC